CUUUUAAAUGUUACAAAUUUACAUUUUAAAAAUGAGUUUAUUUUACGCGUUUUUCACCAUAAUUGCCCUGUUUGAAUACACUGAAUUUCAUGGAAGAGUUUUUGCUCAAAUUGUUGAUGGCAACCUGGUCGAUAAAAUUGAAGAUUAUAAUUUUGUUGUCGGAUUAAAAAUGCCUAUAAAUGAUACUCAUUCUACAAAAUGUGUCGCAGUAAUCGUUUCCCCUUGGAAAAUUUUGACCGCAGCGCACUGCGUAAAGGACGCAUCCGAAAAGGCUACUAAAUCUUUAUUGACAUUCGGCACGUUAAACUUGGAAAAGCCGUUAUCUCAAGUAGUUAUAACUAAAGAUGAUACAUUCGUGCAUCCACAAUAUGGCGGUACACUGAAAAUGAACAUUUGAUCGCAUUCACGUCAAAUAUUUAACACGAUGUACUGUAUUUGAUAGGUUUCAGCUCGUCAGUUGCCUUUGCUAACGAUAUAGCGGUAAUUUUUUUGAGAACCCCGUUAAUAUUCGGCCCGAAAAUAUCCAAAAUAGAUAUGGUUGAUGAAUAUUUUGCACCAAAUGAAGGAGAUAACGUUAAAAUGCUGGGCUUCUCGGAAGGCAUUGGUCCCAAUAAUACGUAUAAAGCAAGUAAAUUGCGUAUUGUCGAAUCAACUAUGGAAGAUUUUGAAAAAUGUUCAGAUUUGUACCGGGAAACACGGCAGCGUAUUUUAACGAAAUCACAACAGUUUUGUGUUGCUUUGCGUAAUCAUACUAAACACAAUACCAAUAAGGGGGACUCAGGUGGACCUGUACUUACAGGCGAUGAACCUCCAAAAUUGCUCGGCAUUACUUCACAUGGUUUCCCGGGGCUGCCGGAGGUCAAGGUUUUGGUAUCAGGGUAUCAUGAUUUCAUUUCAAAUCCAAGGGGAUUGCUUCGCGAUAGCAACAAUGGAAAAGGUGGUUCUUUCACAGCAAUGAAACGACAACAACAAUAACACAUAUUUUUACUGUCA